AUGAAUCGCUACGCAACACCUUCACCGAACAAUUUCUCCUCGAAUCUGAGCAUGAGUUCGUACGAUGGUGACUCAUCGUACAGACCCGUUCCGCAACGAAGUCCCCUUACAAAGCAAGUCAAUCAAAUGGCUUAUGAGAUACCGCACAACAAAUACGCCACAAAUGCAUGGAGUUAUGCGCCCGAAUUCUUGAAAGUAUUUGGUGAUCUGCGGAUUCCGAUUGGAGGACGUGCAAUGUUCGAUUGUGUUUUACUUGGUUCACCUAGACCAAAGGUUUGCUGGCUAUUCAACGAUGAGAAACUGAAAUUUACGGACGUUCAGAUAGAGGAUACAUCGGAUUUGUGUAGGCUAACAAUACCAUACGUACAACCGUAUCAUUAUGGUGUAUAUACAGUGCUGUGCGAGAACGAAGUUGGUCGUGCUGUAACAUCUGCUUUUCUAUAUCCCUUGUAA